AUGCCACAAAUGUUCGCUGCAGCCACCAUAUUCAACCAAAACAUCGCAGGUUGGAAUGUUGCAAAGGUCACUAGAAUGGAUUAUUGCUUCUGGAAAGCCAGCGCUUUCAACGUAGAUAUCUCAGGUUGGGCCAUUAACUCUGUGGCAGAUAUUAAUGGAAUGUUUUAUGAGGCCACAUUGUUUAAUCAAAAUUUGUGUGCUUGGGCUCAUCAUCCUUUGUCCACAGGCCCCGCAUUAGCGUUUCACCGAACUGGCUGCCCUUCUCCUCCUGCUGCUGGCCCAUGGUGGGAUGGGACAAAAUGGGAUUACCUUUGUGCUUACUGUUAG